AUGAUCUUACCCAAGAAUAAACAUAGCAAAGAGGAGAAGAAACUACUGCGACAAAUGGGUAUUCCCGAAUGGAUGCUACAACCUACAGUCAUAUCUCCCAAAGAGCAUUGCGAGCUGGAUAAAGUGGGGCUGUCCGAACAUAUUAUUCAACGUUGUAAGAGUUUGGGUCUAUCAUCUUUGUUUGCAGUUCAAAUGGCUACCAUUCCUGUUUUCCUGAGACGACGCAACACAUUAUAUGAUACACGAAGUGUACCUGGCGAUUUAUGUAUUUCAGCACCCACAGGUAGUGGUAAAACUUUGGCUUAUGUCUUGCCUAUUGUAGACAUCUUAUCAACGAAACGAAUUGUUACAAGACUUAGAGCGGUGGUGGUAUUACCAACGCGUGAUUUAGUGGCGCAAGUAAAAGAAACCUUUGAUGCGUUUGUCAAAGGCACCAAUUUAUCAGUGGCAGCAACCAGUGGUCAACAAUCAUUUGCUCAUGAACAGCAAGUUUUGGUAGGCAAUGGUGAUGAAAGGUAUCCCGGCGGUAAAAGCAGAGUAGAUAUCUUGAUCACAACACCUGGUCGUUUAAUAGAUCAUUUGUCAUCCACACCGAAUUUUACUUUACAACAUUUACGUUUCUUGGUUAUUGAUGAAGCAGAUCGUCUUUUAAAUCAGAGCUAUAACGAUUGGUUGAACCAAAUCUUACAGGCGACGCGGCCAUCCACUGUAGCCACUUCCAUUGAAGCUAUGAAUACGAGUGAUUGCUCAUUGCCUGACAUUGCUUUCAAAAAAGAUAGGAAUGGUGUAUACGAAGCGGAUGCAGUUGCACCAAGUUUUCUUCGGGCAAAAUUCAACUUACCUUCUACCGACCUUGAUCUACCUAAAAUAACAUCCGUUCAAAAACUACUUUUCUCGGCUACUCUUACCAAAAAUCCUGCCAAGAUUGCAGAACUGCACCUAAAUGACCCUAAAUACAUAUCUGUGCAGAAUGCAGAUGGAUCAGACGCAACCGCUCAAGAUUAUACCACACCAGAAGGCCUAAAGGAGUACAUGGCUGUCUGUGCCACGGAAAAGAAACCUUUGAUGGUACUUUAUUUAUUGCAUCAUUUAGGGUUGCGAUCGGGCUUAUGUUUUACGAGAUCAGUAGAAUCAACUCAAAAAUUACAAACAUUGGUCGAAGCGUUUGAGCAGACGCAAUCUGAAGAUAAACGAAUCCGUGUCAAAGAGUAUUCUAGUGAACUGGGGCCUGUGCAAAGGAAGCAAAUGCUGAAACAGUUUAAACAAGGACAAAUUGAUCUUCUUAUUUGUUCAGACUUGAUUGGCCGUGGUAUCGAUUUAGAUUCUGUGCAGUUCGUCAUCAGUUAUGACGUUCCUCAUUAUAUGGAUAAAUAUAUACAUAGAGUUGGACGUACUGCUCGUGCGGGAAGAGAAGGUGAAGCUUAUACGUUAGUUGAGAAGCAAGAAGCACGACAUUUUAAACAAAUGCUACGUCAAGCGGGCCACUUGACUCAAGUAAAGACACUGUCAAUUGAUAAGGAAAGGUUGGGUGAGCUGACAUCAGCUUAUCAAAAGGUUAUUGAUGAGUUUAGUAAUAACCAAUAAAGCUUGAGCAUGCUUGAAUAAUUUAAAAAGGUCCUUAUGAUAGAGCAAUGGUAAAUGGUUGUUUAUUCCAUAAGUGGAUCAACUUGUAUUGUUGUUUCGUUUUUUCUUUUUUGGAAAGUCUAUAGCUACAGCAUUAAGAUACUUUUUAUCUCAAGUAGUUGGCUCUUCGUCAUACCAUAUCUGAUAAACACUUGUCAUACGAUACUCUGCUGUUGUGGUCUUAAACGUCUUUUUGGUUUCAGACAAAACAUAAUUUAUCGAUUUCUUUUUCAAUGAGAGGUGGAUUUAUUCUAUUAAAAGGGUACCAUCGAACGAGCAAAUAAUUUAAAUCAUAAUCAAAAGAAAACAAUUAAUCGUCAUCCUCUUCCUCAUCAUCAAAAUCGUCGUCUACACCAAAAUCACUAUCAUCUCCAGAUUCAUACCAACUAUAUAAACAGAUGAAAUACAUGAUU